AUGUCAUUCAGCUCCUCUAACAGGAAGUGGGCUGUGGCUCACAGCGCCCUCCAGGACCUUUUUCAGGACGAAGUCCCUGCAGCUCUUCCUGGUCCUCAGAGAGACCGGCUGCAGGUCUUCCAGGACUGGGCUGUCCUCUACCUGAAGUACCUGCAAAUCUUCCGCAGUCUAGAGGAGGUCUACAAACAGCUGGUCCAGCCCCAGAGGAGGAGGGCGGUCCGGACGGUCCUGGAUGGGCUGAUGGGUCGACUCCUGGAGCUCAAGGCUCAGAUGGUGGAUCUGAAUCUGUCUGAGUUCAACUUCUUUGACGACCUGCUGCCGGACCUGAAGAUGACCCCAAAGGACUUGGAGAUGCCCCUCCCUCGGUGUUUCCUCAGAGAACAGAAACACAAACAGACAGUCUGGGCUCUGGUCCGGACUUCCUCGGUCCAGGACAUGAGUCUGGAGGAGGUGGUCCGACUCCUGCAGGUGUCUGAGCGCGCUUGGCAGGGACGAAUCAGAGCUUAAUUUGUGACGGAGCUCAACCAAUCAGAGAGAGGCGUUAAGAGACACACCUGGAGACACACAAACCUGAACCCAUUUGACGGGACUGUGUUUCAGGUGUGGAGAGGUCACGUUCAGAGGAAACAGACGGCGCAAGAACAAACGGAGGAGAUGAUGUUUCUGGGGAUGAUCCCAGCAGAGCCUCCUGGUCCCAGUCCACACCAGUUGCGGGCCCAACAGUUCUCAGCGGGUCUCAGGCUGAUCCAGGACCAGAAUGAGGAGGAGUACCAGAGAGUCCAGCUCAGUGUGAAGUGCUCUGUUCUCGACAUGGAGGGAACUGACAUGAAGGAAAGUCUGCGGGAUCAGAUCCAACAGUGGUUCUCCGAGUGCAGAGACGUCACCGGGAAGUUUCCAGACUUUCCAGACCUGCAGGAUCCUGAUGGCAGAUCAGCUUCUUUGUUCACUCAGAAAACACCUGAACAGGUAGGAGGACAGGUGGGAGAACAGGUAGGAGAACAGGUGGGAGGACAGGUGGGAGGACAGGACGACACGUGUGGGACGGACCCAUCCAGCUGUUUCCUCCCAGAUGUUUCUGAAGGACACAGAAUCUACACAGCAGACAGGUCUCUGCAGUCUCUGUGUGAGGAGUUGAUCCUGAACAGUUUCCUCAUCAAACAGCAGAAUGUCAGGCUUUCUGAAUUUAUUGGUGAGUUCAGUUACCUGGCCUCAACUCUCCGACAGGUGAACAUUGAACCGAUGCCGUCUCUGUCUGACGUCAGACAGCUCAUCGCUCUGUACACUGUGCUGCCACUGGGGUCCCAGGUGGUACUGGAGAAGUUCCCAGUGGCGAAGACUCUGCUGCUCACUGGUCCGUCCGGAGUUGGGAAGAAGAUGCUGGUUCAGGCGGUCUGCACCGAGACCGGAGCUCACCUGUUCCACCUGAGCCCCGCCCACCUGAGCCACAGGUAUCCCGGCAGGGGAGGGACGGCCUACCUGCUGCACCUGGUCUUCAAGGUGGCAGGUGAGCUGCAGCCCUCUGUGAUCUGGAUUGAAGAUGCAGAGAAAACUUUCUACAAGAAGACCAUGAAGACUGACCGAGAGACGAAUUCCCCAGCAGACACCGACGAGCAGCGGCAGGCCUUCAGGCAUCUGUUGGUCUUCAUGUAA